AUGUCUGUGGUCAAAAUCGUGUGCUGUCUCCUCUUAAUGUGUCACCUCAGUGAGGGGAAGAGAAGCAAAGGAAACAGAGCAGCGGACUCAGCGCUGAGGGUGAAGGAGCCGUAUGUCAGCAGUUCAGACUUCAGCCUGUUUUUGGGAGACGAUGACACCUGCACGCUGGACCCUCUGCAGCUGCACACGCUCACCUCCUGUGGCUUCAACAGCAGUAAUCCCCUCAUCAUCAUCACUCACGGGUGGUCGGUGGAUGGCAUCAUGGAGAACUGGGUGAACAUGCUGGCCCAAGUCCUGAAGACACAUCUUGGGGACAUAAACGUGAUUAUCACCGACUGGAUGUCUCUGGCUUGUCAGCACUACCCCAAAGCAGCGCAGAGCACCCGCACCAUUGGAAAAGACAUUGCUCAUUUGCUGCAGGUUCUUCAGCAAGAGUAUCAGUACCCACUCAGAAAAGCUCAUCUGAUUGGCUAUAGUCUUGGCGCUCACAUCUCUGGCUUUGCUGGAAGCUACUUGGAAGGUCCGGAGAAAAUUGGAAGAAUUACUGGUCUGGAUCCGGCCGGGCCGUUCUUCGAAGGCAUGUCGCCCACAGACAGACUCUCUCCGGACGACGCCGAGUUUGUGGACGCCAUCCACACCUUCACCCGCGAACGGAUGGGCCUCAGCGUGGGCAUCAAGCAAGACGUGGCUCAUUAUGACUUCUACCCCAAUGGAGGACAUUUCCAGCCGGGAUGUGAACUGACGCAUAUUUUGAAGCAAAUCGCGCAUCACGGCGUCCUCGAUUUACAACAAACAGUGAAAUGUGCCCAUGAGCGGGCCGUCCGUCUGUUCAUGGACUCUAUUCUGAAUAAAGACAAGCAGAGUAAGGGCUACCGGUGCAGCAACAGCGAGGCCUUUGACAAGGGCCUCUGCCUGGACUGCCGCAAGAAUCGCUGCAACACGCUGGGCUACUACAUCAAGAAGGUCCGCACCGGCACCCCCAAGAGACUCUUCUUGAAAACAGGAGGGCAGAUGCCGUACAAACUUUACCAUUACCAAUUCAGGAUCCAGUUCAUCAAUCAGAUGGCCGAUAUCGAGCCGUCUCUCACCAUCUUCCUCACUGGAACAAAGGACGAGAGUGGAGAACUCACCUUUACGUUCCCUGAAAGCAUCGCCGGUAACACAAGCUUCAGCUUCCUGGUCGCCCUGGAGAGAGACUUGGGGGAGCUGAUGAUGCUCAGGAUGCGGUGGGAGAGGUCGGACAUGUUGAAGACGACAUGGAGCGAUAUGCUGAACAUCAUCCUCUGGGGGGUCCAGGAGGAGAAACCCUGGCUCAGCGUGGGCAGAAUCAGCGUCAAAUCUGGGGAGACACAGGAGAGGACGUUUUUCUGUGCCAUGGCAAAUGAUGGACAGCACAUUGAAAAGUCUCAAGACAAAGAUUUUGUGCGCUGUCAAGAGCAAACACCAAAGCUGCACAGAAGGAAGCACAACUAACACAUUUUGUGAGACGCUGAUGGAAAACAUCAGGACAGAAAUCUCAUUUCUCAUGUCGAGGCUGGUUUCAGGAGCAAAUUCAAAAUCUAUUUUUGUUUUAAAGGUUCCAUGA